CCGGCCGAUAUAUAAGACAAGGACGCCCCAGCUAGCAACUGCCAAAAGCCAUCAAACCUCUUGUCCAUGGGACUACUAGUGACAUAGGGUCGAUUAAGAAACUAUGGGAACCGCGAUGGGGCCGGUUCUGAUGUGGUUGCAGGAUGUGGCAGCUUUCACCCUCCUCAAAGCUCGUCGGACUCUGCUUCAGGCUCUUUUACUGUUGUGUGUAAUAGUUCUGCUUCUCUGGGUGUCCAUUUUUCUGUAUGGAAGCUUCUAUUACUCUUACAUGCCCACUGUCAGCUUCUCCACUCCGGUCCACUAUCAAUACAAGACUGACUGUGAUCCUUCCGAACCGCUUCUCUGUUCAUUCCCGAUUGCCAACGUAUCCCUUCUGAAGAACGGGAGAGACCAGGUAAUGGCUAAUGGCCAACCAUAUAGAGUCUCUUUGGAAUUGGAGAUGCCCGAGUCUCCAGUAAACGAACAGCUGGGGAUGUUCAUGGUCAAGAUGUCCUGCUACGCAAAGGGAGGAGAGACUGUUUCGUCAGUAGCACGCUCCACAAUGCUGCACUAUCGCUCUACCGUCCUCCAGAUCCUCAGCACACUUUUUUUCUCCCCUAUUUUGAUGACUGGAAUAACUGAGCAAAAGCAACUCGUAGAUGUUGAGCUCUUCUCAGACUACAGGACAAAUGCAUAUCUCCCCUGCGUUGGAGCUGUCAUUGAGAUCCACUCCAAACGAGUACAGAUUUACUCUGCUCAACUACGUAUCCAUGCUUACUUUACCGGAGUACGUUAUGUCCUAUACAACUUCCCCUUAACUUCUGCAUUCCUCGGCGUAGCCACCAACUUUGCUUUCCUGAGUGUCGUUGUGCUCUGCAGCUACCUGCAGUUUAUCUGGGGUGGCCUUUGGCCUCCAGAGCAAGUAAGAGUUCGGGUGAUGACGGGGAACAAUGCUCGUUUUCAGCGAAGAGGAGAAUCUGCUCGGAUGCGCAUGAGGAAGGUUUCCACCGGGAAGGAGUUCGAAGAACCCACCGUGAUCGGAUCUUUGAAUGAAUCGUCUGAUGUACCAGGAACUGACACGCUACUAGGGACUUCCAGAAUGGACCCCUCAGACAUGCUGGAGGAGUUGCCUGGGAUUGACGAGGAAGACCAAGGCAUUCAAGAUCCUCCUAAUUCUACCGACCCUGAGGUCCUGUUGGAGAUGUCACCCGAUCCGAGUGAAACAGUUCUGCGACAGAGACCUGGAGCUUCAGUGUCCUUUUAGGCAUGGUCUUUGGUGCAUGCAGUUACCCAUAUGCUAACGAUUCCCCAAACUCCCCAUCCUCGUUACACAGAUGGACGGUGAUGGUGAAAG